CCUUGCGCGCACGGGUGGACGGAGACUAUUAACACGCGGCUCUGAGAGCUUGGUUCUUGAGUUUGAGCUGCUAUUUCUAGAGUUUGAGCUGCUGUUGGGGCAGUUAGCGAGAUGCCCAAGGCUAAGGGAAAGACUCGGAGGCAGAAGUUCGGUUACAACGUCAACCGAAAGCGUCUGAACCGGAAUGCUCGUCGGAAGGCAGCGCCACGGAUCGAGUGUUCCCACAUCCGACAUGCCUGGGACCACACCAAAUCCGUGCGGCAGAACCUGGCGGAGAUGGGGUUGGCCAUGGACCCCAACAAGGCGGUUCCCCUCCGUAAGAAGAAGGUAAAGGCCAUGGAGGUAGACACGGAAGAGCGACCCCGGGAUCUGGUCCGGAAGCCCUAUGUGGUAAAUGACUUGGAGGCAGAAGCCAGCCUCCCAGAGAAGAAAGGAAAUACCUUGUCUCGGGACCUCGUUGACUAUGUUCGGUACAUGGUGGAGAAUCACGGGGAGGACUACAAGGCCAUGGCCCGGGACGAGAAGAAUUACUACCAAGACACCCCAAAACAGAUCCGGAAUAAGAUCAAUGUCUAUAAGCGCUUUUACCCAACGGAGUGGCAAGCCUUCAUCGAUUCCCUGCAGAGUAAGAAGAUGGAGGUAGACUGAGUGGGGCACACCCCCAGACCUAGGUCUGCUGGACCAACGAAACCAAAGCCAGGCUGUAAGGCAAGGGGCGUGGAGCAUCAGUGAUGCUGGCUAAGUCCUGUGGAAUCGGGUCUUACAUGCACACUGUCUGUCUCCCCCGCCCCCUCCCCCUUCCUUCUGGAGAAGGAACUCUUCAUUUUGUUUUGUUGUUUUUUUGAGAGAAAGUGUCUCUCUAAUAGCCUUAGCUGUCCUAGAACUCUAUGUAGACCAGGUUGCCCUUGAACUCACAGAGAUCCACCUGCCUCUGCCUCUCAAGUGCUGGGAUUAAAGGCGUGUGCCACCACCACCUGGAGGAGAAGGAACUCUUUCAAGGCCAUGGUUUGUGUUCUGUUGGGAGGCUACAGAAAGCCGGGGCCUGCUGUUUCUUUUCAGAGGGAUGCUCUGUCUCAGCGCGUUCUGUACAUGAUAAAGGAAUAUUUUACCCAUGUAACAUGAUUAGGUGGGGUUUUUUUUUUGUUUGUUUGUUUGUUUGUGACUGGGCUUCUCGGUGUAGCCCUAGCUGGGAUUAAAGGCACACUUGUGUAAUAUUUUUGUGUUUACUGUGCCCAGCUAAGCUCUGGAGUUGUCCCGGGGAAAGCUAAUCUUAUUAGCGAGCGGAGAUGGAUUAUCAGCUCAACAGCAGGUACUGCAGUCCUGGGCUUUUGUAGGCACUGCCUUGCCUUCUUCCUAGUCAGUGCUCCUAGUCUCGGUUUCCUCCAGAGGCUUUCCGGGAAGCCUGGGCUGACAUAGAAGGAACGGUAAGGAGCCAGGUCUCUGCUCACUGUGGAUUGCUUUUGUUGGCCAUGGCUUAAAUCAAACAUCAGGGGCCCAAACCUGCCAUCUGGGACUGGCAGACUGCUUGUACUACUCUACUGUGUGCCACUACUAGGCUUUCCACGGCAUGGCCAUCUUCUGUGGCAGGCCUCUUGCAAUCAGUGGCCUGAGAAUGUGAUACCUAUUCUGUAACAGGAUCACGGGCAAGGGGUUUGAGCUGGGCAUUUUAAGGCCUAACUAACCUCAACUAUGAAUGAUGUAAAAACCUA